AUGGUAUCUCCAGAGUUCCAGCUGCUUAUUGAACAGGCGCAAUCUCCAGACAAUGCGGUUCGUGAAGGUGCGGAAACACAGUUGUUAAACGCGUGUGACACCAAUGCUGAUGAAGUGUUUCAGUCAUUGAUUGAGCUAGGGGAGAAUAAUCAGACUCCGUUAGCCUCACGUCUAUUUUCCUUGUUGUCGUUGAGGAAAUUCAUUACCAUGUAUUGGAGUCCCGGAUUUGAAUCAUACAGAGGUACUUCUAAUGUUCAAUUGGGUACGAAAGAGCGCAUAAGAGAUGUCCUCUUAAAACUAAGUUUAGAUGAUCAACAAUCUAACAAGGUCAGGAAUAGCAGUUCAUAUUGUGUUGUGCAAAUUUCCGCUGUUGACUUCCCAGAUGAAUGGCCGCAGCUCUUGUCUACUUUGUACAAUGCAAUUACUCAAAAUCAUUCUUUGAACGCAAUGUCUUUACUAAAUGAAAUAUACGAUGACGUUAUCUCAGAAGAGAUGUUUUUUGAAGGUGGUAUAGGCUACGAAACUUUACAGAUUAUCUUUACUCUAUUAACCAAUGCCCAAGUUAGAUUAGCGUCAAAAACAUCAGCUCUGAAAUUGUUUGGAGCUUGUAUAUCACAGAUGUCAGUGUUAGAUAAUAAUUCAUCCCAGAAAAGGAAAUUGUUAGUCAGUGAGUGUCUGGGCCAAGCUUUACAAACAAUUAAAUUAUUAUUAGAACAAUGCGAGAUCAUACAAUCUGAUCUCACAUCAAUUAACGAAACAUUAGAGUUCAAGGAUAAUCUCUACGAUGAUAUAAAUUCUAUAAAAGAGAAUUUCCCUAGGAAAUUUUUUCCAGAAGAUGUUAAUUUAUAUGUCACAAACAUUGCGGUAAGAGACCUUGAUCAAUUAGCAGGGCUUUAUCAGGAGUCAUUCAAAGAUAAUUUUGACGAACAAUCAAUGUCCAUAUUUGAAAAUUGUGUUAUCCACCUGCUUGAUUUUUUAGCAAACCCUAUUAGCCCACUAAAUAAUGAACUGAUUUCAAACAUCCUAACGGCAUCGAUUACAUUAUGUGAACAGAGCGCUUUGACGAAAGAUUCUUGGGAAUCAGAUUUCAAUGAAUUUGCUUCGAAGGAGACCGGACUAUCUGCAUCUUUCACCAUUAGAGACGAAGUCGCGGAGUUAGUGAAUGCUUUCGAAAUUCCUCAAUUAGAAACAUCUUUCGAACUUAUAGUUGGAUAUCUUUCUAACAACUCAUCUCAUUUAUCUGCUGAUAAGAUAGAGUCUGCUCUCUAUCUAUUACAAUGCUUGAUGAAUGUUGAAGACGAUUUUUCAAAUACAUCCCUAGUCCCAUCACUAAUUGAGUUCAUCAAGUCGAUGCUGUCUCAACAAAAUAACUUAGAUCAAAUGUCUCAAAUAAGAUUACUGUUACUAAUUCCAAAAACGUUGGCGAAAUUUAUGGAUAUCUUACCUAAUGUAAAACAACUGACAGCUGAGACCUUGAAUGAAAUUCUGUCUAUGGCAACCAACUCUAACAGUCAUCUCAUUAUAAUCUCAGCCUUAAUUUCCUUUACUUAUUUUGCGAGUUAUGCCGAGAUUCUUUCAGUAUUAGGAAAUGAUCAAACGCUAUUGGUUCAGAACAAAACAUUACAUCUGAUUCAAGAAAUUAGUGAGGAAUCUACCGAGGAUACAAAUGGCCUUUUAAUGGAAGUCCUGAACUGUGUGAUUGACUGUAAUGAUAAGAAUGUUGCAAAUAUGGAGCUGUUCAAAUUUGAAUUCAAGCUAAUAUUAGUAAUAUCUGGUAAGGAUCCUGCAAAUAUCCAGGUUUCUAUCGAAUCUCAAGAGUGCUUGGAAAAAUUGCUCCUUAACGUAAACACGAAUGACUACCUAUCUUUUGUGGACAUAUGCAUUCCAUCUUUUAUUAACAUCAUAAAAUCAAGUGAAGUAACAAACUAUAGUUACUCUCCACUUCUAUCACUUGUUCUGGAGUUUAUAACUGUAUUCAUGAAAAAUAAACCACAAGAGGCUUUGCUACCAUCAAGCGUGUCAGAGUAUGUAUUUGACCCUCUUGUUAGUUGUUUACUGAAAUCAACCGAAGAAGAAUUACUACAAAUUGCAACAGAAGCAUUCAGUUAUAUGAUACACAAUUCCAGCAAAGAUGUCAUUACUCCGAAAUUGGAAACAAUUGUUAAUAUAUUGGACAGACUAUUAUCGUCAAACAUAUCAGACUCAGCUGCAAUGAAUGUAGGGACACUUAUUUUAGCAUUGAUAACAGAAUACUCUGAACCUAUGAAUCCUUUGUUGCCAUCAAUUAUUUCAGCUGCAGUUCGAAAACUAGUGGUAUCGAACAACAUUACCACACAGCAAAAUCUCGUCACUUUACUUUGCUUCCUGGUAUGUCAUGAUCCAAAGCAAACAGUUGAUUUCCUUUGUGAAUUAACAAUAAAAAAUGACAAAGGUGAACAAGUUGCUUUACCAGUUAUAAUACAAAAGUGGCUAGAUACGUUUGCUGUAGUAAGAGGAGAGAAUAGAAUCAAAGAAAAUAUUGUGGCUUUGAGUCAGUUGUUUCUGUUGGGCGAUGACCGUGUCAAUGAAGUUAAGGUUAAUGGUGAGAUAAUCCCUUAUGAUGGUGAUUUGAUUAUUACAAGAUCGAUGGCAAAAUCUAUGCCCGAUAGAUACACAACUGUAUCUGCACCUGAAAAGAUCGUUAAAAUGUUCUUGGGGGAACUAGGUUUUCAAGGUAGAAAUAAAAAUCCAGAAGAACUAUUAACUACUGAUGAUAUGAAAGGUAUGGGGUUGAAACCGAACCAACAGAGCAAUAAUGAUGAGGGUGAUGAUGAUUGGGAAGAUGUAGAUGAUGUCGUUGACUAUGAAAAACUUCAAGAAUAUAUCGACGAUGAAGAUGACUUGGAUGAUAAUUCUGUCGGUGAGUUAGAGACCAUUACUGGCCAACAGCAUAUUCCGCAGUCAAUACCUGAACUACUGAAGGACUUCUUCAAUACAGCUGCUCAAAAGAAUGUUGCUGGAUUUCAAGAAAUAUAUAAUAACUUGUCUGAGGAGGAGCGUAAGUGUAUUUCUGAGCUAAUAUUAUAG